AUGGUUCAGUUCACUGAGGAUAUGGUUCUAAAUGAGUUUCUGAGGCUAGAGGAAUCAAAAUCACCAGGUCCUGAUGAGACUCCGGCGACAAUGUUGAAGAUGCUCACCAGUGCGUUGUCUAAGCCACUCUCCAUGCUUUUCCAUACAUCCUUCGAGAACGCAUAUCUGUCAACCGACUGGAAGUCGUCGUGGAUUACGUGGCUGUACAAGGGCGGAAGUCAGGUCUCUGCGAACAAUUACAGACCGGUCAGCCUCACCUCCGUUUGCUGUAAGAUUAUGGAGAAGAUAAUAAAGCAACAACUAAUGCAGUUCCUUGAACACAACCAUAUGUUUACCGAUUCCCAGCAGGGAUUCCGAAAAGGCAGAUCCUGUGUGACAAACCUGCUCUACUGUCUGGAACACUGGACUAGGGCUGUUUAUAGAGGAGAUAUGGUGCAUGCCAUCUAUAUCGACUUUAAAAAGGCCUUCGAUAGUGUGCCUCACCACCGCCUUCUAUACAAACUUAGCCGUGCAGGAAUGCGAGGUAAGCUUCUGAUGUGGAUUCGUAGCUUUUUACUCGGCCGCUCUCAAGCCGUCCACGUCGGUGACCAACAAUCUGCCGAGGUUGCCGUUAAGAGUGGUGUUCCCCAAGGCUCUGUUCUUGGCCCUACACUGGUCCUCGUAUACGUCAAAGACUGCGCAAACGAACUGGAUUGCGAUGUCGCAAUGUUUGCCGAUGACAUAAAGAUCUGGAGUACCAUACGAAGCGAAGUCGACGAGGCGCGACUGCAGACAAAUCUGGACCACCUCUAG